AUGGCCUGCCGCCUCGCCCUCGCCGGCGCCACCGCCACCGCCACCGCCGCCGCUGCCCGCGCCCCCCGUCGCGCCGUGAUCGCCGCCGCCUCCGCUUCUUCCGCCGGAGAACCCGCGCGUCGCAUCAUCCGCCGUCGCGCGCCACCGGGGCAGCAGGGCUCUGCGACCGCGCCCCCCGCCCAGCCGUCCGUCGCGGAGGUGCGCCGCGCCAUCGGCGUCUCCGACGACGAUGCGUCGGCCGCCGCAUCCAUGGAGGCGAAGAACUCCGCGUUCAUGGACCUCAUCGCUACCACGCCCAUCGGGAAGCCGGAGAGCGAGCCCGAGCGCCGCCUCCGCGAGGCCGCCGAGUGGGUAGUCGACAACACUGAGACGCGCGCUUGCGAAGGACAGAAGUCUUUCUUAGUGCUAUGCAUGAUGACAUUUCCUGCGUGGUUCUUGCUCAUGUUUAUUGCCCUUGGAGUCAUAAAGUUACCAUUUGAUAUUCCAGUUCUGGAUAAUCUCCUAAUGUAA